AGACAGACACCCAGCGAUGCUUCUCCUUUCCCGCACCCGUCUCUUCCCCCGCCCGCUCCUUUCUCCCCUUUCUCGACCCCUCCCACUCCGCCCACGCGUGCUCACCACCUCUGCCAUCCGCCGCGCCUCUCUCCCCCCGACUGUCCCCCGCGUCUCCACAGAGCUCGUCCACCCCAAGGAGCAACAACAACAACUGCCAGCGCAACCACCCACAGUCUUUGAUAAAAUCCUCCCACAAUGGGCUCAAGGUGCCAAACCGUACCUCUACCUCACCAGGCUCGAUAAACCCAUCGGCUCCGUCCUUCUCUACUGGCCUUGCGCGUGGUCCAUAACAAUGGCAUCUACAGUGAACCACCUUCCCCCUACCACUCCUCUAUUCUACAUGUCACUCUUCGCCGUCGGAGCACUCAUCAUGCGAGGUGCUGGGUGCACCAUUAAUGACAUGUGGGACUGGAAGAUGGACGCCAAGGUCGAGAGGACAAAGACAAGACCUUUGGCCGCCGGCGAUGUUACUCAAUUCGGGGCUCUCACAUUCCUUGGAGCUCAGCUUACUGCCGGUCUUGCCGUGCUAACCCAACUUAACUGGUACAGCAUCGUCCUGGGAGCUUCCUCGCUAGGAUUGGUAGUCAUCUACCCGUUCAUGAAGCGUAUCACAUACUUCCCUCAAGUCGUGCUAGGCUUUGCAUUUAACUGGGGUGCCCUUCUCGGCUGGUCAGCCGUUGCCGGUGCUGUUGACUGGACGAUCGCGACGCCCAUGUACCUCGGGGGUGCGGCUUGGUGUGUCGCCUACGACAUCAUCUACGCUCACCAGGACAAGAAGGACGACGUCAUCGCUGGUGUAAAGUCCAUGGCCCUCCGAUUCCCCGACACUUCUCGCCAAGUCAUCUCCACUUUAUCCGCUUCAUUCGUCUCCCUCCUCACCUUUACUGGCUACAUGGCCGGUCUCGGACCGCUAUACUAUCUCAUUUCUUGUGGUGGUGCCGCUGCUCAUCUCGCUUGGCAAUGCUUAACUGUCAACUUUGACAGCCGAUCUGACUGCUGGAAAAAGUUUAGUUCUAAUGGAUGGCUAGGUGGCUUGAUCUGGUCUGGUAUCGCGGCAGACUACGUCCAGCAGGUCAUGUUCGGGGUGCCUGCUUGAGAAAUCAAGCUGCAAUGAAGGUGACAAAAAACGGGCUGUGCACAUGCAUGGUAGGACAAAAAAGCUCGUUAUAGGUUAGUAUCGUUAUCAUGGGGUGCCUGUGAUGUUACUCAGUGCACGACUGCAAAUUAUGACAUCCAACUUACCACCAAGGAAAUUGCUCGCCUUAUCAGCUUGUGUCUGCCAGUCGUCUUUGAAUGCGGCGAUCCCAACUAAUACACCAGCCGCAAAAACUAUACAAAGAAAUAAUAAGCCAAAAAGCGCCUAGAGAUCCGUCAACUCAAGGUUCGACCGUCCAGUCCAAAAGAUUACCCACCCCAAAACCGAGAACCACAACACCCAAUCAUAU